AUGAACUUAAUACUAAUUAGUGCAAACAUAAUUUACAAAAAUGAUGGGGACUAUUUAUUUAAAACCGAUGGAAGACAAACAAGCCAUUUAAAAAAUAUUUUAAAAGUUAAAUUAAAUCAAAUAAUUAAAGUUGGAGUAAUUAAUAAAGGUAAAGGGGAAGGAAUUAUUUUAGAAGAAAAUCCAAAAUUUUAUAUAAUAAAAUUAUUAACUCCUAUACAUUUAGAAAAAUCUCAAAAUAACUUUUUACCUAUUGACGUUGUUUUAUGUAUACCUCGACCAAAAGUUUUAAAUAAAGCACUUCAACAAUUAUCUUCUGUAGGUGUUAAAAAAAUUAUUAUUGUAUUUUCAGAAUAUUCAAAUAAAUGUUAUGAAUCCAGUAAAAUGUUAAAAAAUGAUGAAAUAAAGUUUGCACUUCAAUUGGGAUUAGAACAAGCUAUGUGCACAAGUUUUCCAAAAGUUUAUGUGCAUUAUACAUUUAGUUCUUUUUUUAUGAACAUUCAGAAUUAUUGUGAUGAAAAUACAAUAAAAGUGUGUGCACACACAGAUAUAAAAAAAAAAAAUGAACAUCCUCUUGAAUAUUCUAUUUUAAACAAAGAAAAAGGAAAAAUACUUUUAAUGUUAGGUUGUGAACGAGGAUUUUCAGAUUUAGAAAUUUAUUUGUUACAAAAAUUAAAUUUUAAUUUUUUAAAUUUAUCAGAAAGAAUAUUAAAAUGUGAAACAGCUUUGUUAAUAAUAAUUGGAAAGUUACUUUUAUUAACAGAAAAUGUGUCGCUACGUCCAAAUGGAAAAAAAAUGAUUAGGUGCUCACAUAAAAAAGAAAAUUAUAAUAUUACUAAUGUUAAUGAAACUGACUUGAGUAUUGAUUCGAAUGAAUCCACAAAACAGGAAAAACAAAUAAAUACCAAUUUUACUUUGCAAAAUAAAGCAGAACUAAUUAAAAAAAUAAAAAAUAUAUUAACUGAUCCAGAUAUUCCUGAACAGUUAAUAAUUUCUAUGACUGAUUUUAUUCGCAAUCAAGAAAAUGGUGAGUAUGUUAAUAAAAAUGGUGAGUACGUUAAUAAAAAUGGUGAGUAUGUUAAUAAAAAUGGUGAGUAUGUUAAUGAAAAUGGUGAGUAUGUUAAUAAAAAUAGCGACAGUGAAAAAAACAAUAUGCAUGAACAGAAUGAGCAUAUGAUUAAUAGUAUUUUAAGGAUUAUAAAAUCGUUUAAUAGCGAAGAGGAAAAUAAUUUCCAAUGCGCUUACUUAAGUUUGUUACUUAAAAAAAUAAAAUAUAAAAAUCAACUUGAUACAUCAUAUAACGAUAUAAAAAAUAAUGUAGAUGAAGAUGGCGUAUUUAUAUAUAGGACUCAAAGAUAUAUGUCAAAAAAAAAAAAUUCUUAG